UUCUGUAUCCCAUUGCUCGCAUUUGUAAAUAUUAAUGAAUAUGUAAUUCUUUGCAUUUAGUUUGAAACUACAUACAACUUAAAUACUUCAACUGAAGUGAAGUAUAGAUUCCUCGGGCCUCGGUCUUGUAAGUCAAACCUUAAAAGGUUUUGAGAAAAUUUGAAGACCCCGUUAUGAAUCAAGAUCACGGAAAAGCGGUCAGUCAAACCGCAGCAAUGGAGUUAAUGAAAGCUACUGACGAUGAGAUCCAGUCAGAACUUGAGGCUUUGAGAAGUUUGGAGAAUAAUUUGUAUGGAGAUCCAAAACCUGAUAUAUCAGAGCCAUUUACGGCAAAGAAAAAUCGCGCAACAAUUAGCAGAGAGUCUAAGUUUGAAAAGGUGUUGAAGUCUGAAAAAGUAGGAGUUAAAUUGGAAAAGCAAGAAGCUGAAAGAAUAGAGAAACAGGAAGUCCAAGUACCUGUACUUGCAGCUACUGUCGAAGAACUACAAGUUACGAUCCGUCAAGCAGCAAUUACGUCGGAAGAGAAGUAUAAGGUUUUAGAUGCCAGAGAUCGAUUGUUAAGAUUGAAACAAGUUAAAUCACAUUCUUUAGCAACUGCAAAGGCAACGAAAGGUACUUGUCCUGAUAUGUGUCCAGAGAAGGAACGUUUAAUGCGUGAAUCGCAAAGGCAGGUUUCACCAUAUGAACAAAUGGACGGUAGCGAGUAUAAGAUAAACCAUAUGAAUGCAGUGAAACAGUAUUCUCGAUCAUCUGCUGAUCAAGAGGAACCAAUGGCACACGAAUUAAGACCAGUGGUGUCCCUCAAAAUGACUAUGAGUUAUCUGCUACACGAGAUUGCAGAUUUAUGCGAGCAAGAUGGAACUAACUUGGCCGAGUGGUUUCAUUUUCUUUGGGACCGCACCAGAGGAAUUAGAAAAGAUAUUACACAGCAAGAACUUUGUUGUAUCGACAGUGUUGAAUUAGUCGAGCAAUGUGCUAGGUUUCAUAUCAUAUGCUCGGAGCGCUUAUGUGCCGAAGAGCCAUCCGUGUUUGACAAAAAGAUUAACACGGAAAACCUGACGAAAUGUUUACAGACACUGAAAUAUAUGUAUCAUGAUUUGCGAGUAAAGGGAAUCACUUGUAAAAACGAGCCAGAAUUUCGUGGUUAUGUCAUUCUAUUAAAUUUAAAUGAUGGUAAUUUCAUGUGGGAUGUUCAAAAGUUACCAGUCGAAAUUCAGAAGUCUAAAGAAAUUAAAUUUGCAAUCAAGGUGUACUUAUCGUUAGAGUCAAAUAAUUAUUGUAGGUUUUUCAAACUUGUUCGUAAGACGACAUACUUAAACGCUUGUAUUUUACUUCGUUACUUCAAUCAAGUGCGAGUAAACGCCCUGUCGAUUAUGGUAAAAGCAUAUUGUAGAACCGCUUCAAUGGCUUACCCCUUGUAUGAGUUAAUCGACAUUCUUGGCUUUGAAGAUGAAGAAGAAGCAAUGUAUUUUUGCAAACAAGUAGGAUUGCGUAUUUCUAAAGAUGAAAUGCACGUUAUGAUGAACAAGCAGAACUUUACUCUGCCUGAGUCAAAUAUAGAGCAGGGUCGUGCAGGCAAUGUCGUCGAAUCCAAACGGACUAUGAAUGAGCUGCAGAUAGGACGUUGCAUAGCUGGAGGGAUAUGGCCUGAGACAUCAUAUAAAAAUCAUAAACCACAUAAUAGUUUUGAUGCAAAUGGUUUCUUGUUAUCAGAGUCUAUAAACGCAGAAGACCAAAAUGUUAAUAAGCAAGACGAGUAUGAGUUCAUGGAGGAUGAACCAGUAAAAUUCUUGCAAAGAUCAAGAAAUCAGUCAACAGUAAAGAAUCAGAAAGAACUUAAUGACAUUGGUACAAGGAAGCUUUCUGAUUCAAAACAAAAAAGACAGUCUUCGUUAUUGCAGAAAUUACCGAAGCGACCUAAGUCAAAAACGCGAACUGAAUCUUCCCCUAUUACCAAUAUAUUUAAAGAUUCUUACGAAGAAAAAUAUACCGCCCACGUUUUCUCUAAACCUGAGGAAAUUUUACCGGCAGAAACAAUUACCAGAACAGAUACUAAAACCCAUUUCGUGUUUAAACCUCCAGCAACUGUGGCUUAUCGAGAUGAUUCUAAAACGACUAUAAUAAAGACAGGUAGUUCUGAUGUACAGGCACCUUUUAAGGAGAAAAUUGCACCUUUUGAGGCAAAAUCGAAGGAAGCUGCUGCUUCUGAUGUAAAAUCAUUUAGAUUUUUACAGACCACCACUGCAAACAAAGUGGUACCUGUAAGUUGUGAAGUUGAUUCGAAAUCGAAUAGUGCAGAAAACGUAUUUUCAACAGACGUUGCUCCUCCAUUUGUGAUGGCAGUUAAUAAAAGCAUCUUUUCUGGAGCCCCAAAGGGUAAUAUAUUCGGCAAUCGUGCAUAUAACACAAAUAUUUUCACCACUGAUUCUAGUAGCUCACCUUUUGCUACGAAACCUAAUUCCGAAGGAAGCAACAGCAAAGAAGCAUUGAGUACCAACAGUCAGGACAUAAGUCAGAGUGUCGUACCAGAAAAAGCAGGUUUGAAACGAUUUGUUGAGAACGUGAAUAUGAAAUUGGAGCAUCACGAGAAGAGUUUAAAGGCUGAAAAGGCAAGAAUAGAACAACUGGAGCGUGAGAGAAAGUUACAGAGGAUCGAGGAAAUGGCAAAGGAGAUCUUCGACGAUUUGCAGGCAGAAAUCACUAAAGAUAUUUGUGCAUUAUUGGUUGAAGAACAACUGGAAAAAUUGGAACUGUUCAAUCGCUUAAGCAGAAAUAUCACCGAGGAAUUGUUGGAUAAGCUGAUACAAGAGACAUGCGAGCAAGCCUUAUCUGAUGAGAUCUACAGACAAAAAAAACUAAGUGAAAUCUCUAUUAAAAUCAGAACUAGAUUGGUAAAGAAGUAUUAUAAUAUUUGGAAGCAAUAUGCGUUUAAGAAAAGACGAGAGAGAGAUGCUCUGGAAUAUACACCAGUUUGGUUGCAAAGAAUGAGCGUUAAAGAUUAUGCCAGUUCGCUGUACCGAUCCGGACAGGAACUAGUUAUUGCAAGUAUGAGACACAAAAGAGCGAAACUAGAGUUAGCAGAGAGUGAUCUACCAUUUAACGAAGGGUAUGCACCGAUUGAAAUGAUAAUACACGCUGGUAUCAGAGAAAAUGUGAAAUCUUCGGAAGUAGAAACUGUUCCAAUCACAUUUUGGAAGAUGGUCAUCUCCUGGCCUGAUUUGGAGAAUAAAGUUCUCCUUUGGCGUUGUAAAAGGAUUGCAAACGAGUACCUUAAUCCCAGUGACUACACAGUGGAACCUAUUGUGAAAACUUAUAAGCCAAAUUCGUUUGAGGUGCUAAACAUUUGCAUAAGGUAUUUCGAAGGAAUAAUUAAUGAGCGUAAUCUUAUUGGCACGGACUCACUAUUGUUCAUAGCAGCAGCUUUUGAAGAAUUAAAUUGUGUUGUCAAACGAUUGACAAAAACUAUUCUGUCAAGAUGUAAACUAAUGCCCAUUCCAUUAGCGAUUAUUAUCAUUGGAGAAGAAGAUUUGAACCCUGAAAAGAUUACCACUGCUUUAGAUUUGGAGAAAUUGUCAGAAUCUGGAUACAUCUCGGAGUACAAAAUUCUGGUUGAGAAGUCAGUCGAUGAAAAAGUUAUUGUAAAAUUAAUUCAGAGUGCGACGCUUUGGCUAGCUAUGAACAAACCUCCAAUGUUACCAUUGGAAAUGGAUUUUUUGAAGGAGAUUCUAAACACCUGCUUGACGGAAGAAUUAUGGCUGAGAUUACAGAGUCACUCUUUGUUUUCGGAGCAUCUAGAGACUGCACUAAAUGAUCCAGAUUUUGUGAUAAAAUUUCACAAUGAAGCUAUAGCACAUCUCAUGGAUAUAAUCCUGGAUCAAGAAACUCUCAUGUAUACGGAUUUUCCUCCUGAAUUCAAACAUUUAUUGAACAGUGACUUCGAAUACCCGUGCACAUACGAGUAUUUUGACAAAAAUUGGAAAGACGAGAGAUGUAGAGCAUGGCUAGAGAAUAUUUUGAACAGUUUAAUUCUAGUCCCAUGGAGAUCUGAGUGGCCAGUAAGCAACACUUUGGACCUUCAACAAAUUUUAACACGUUAUUGUCAAAAGGUGUUACCAGAUUCCAAUUACAAUGCGACAGCUAAUAGUAUUUUAAAUAAUUUGUACCUCACCUUUGACGAUACCAGAGUACCAACUUUCGUAGAUAUAGUGUUACAAAUUGUCAAGAAAAAAAUACGCUGUCUAGAAGAGGACUUGUGUGUGGUUUACAACAAGAAUCAUAUAAGACACUUUCGAAAGUUACCCUGGUGGUUGAAGUCUAAUGUAUUUACAGAAUACAUUAUACAAAAUCAAAAGAUGGAUAAAAGAAAAAGGAAAAAGGAAGAAUCUUCUGCGACGUCUAUCGAGAAGAAACAACGAAUAGAAGUAACUAAAGAUAACGUUAGUUUACAAGAUCAGCCUAAUUCUUUGGACGAGUUUUGUAAAGGAACAAGACAAAGUGUUAUGGAAGUUCACAAGUUGUCCAAUAAAAUUGAGAAAUACCUUGAGGAUAGAAAAAUGAAAAGUCAAGAAUUAGAGAAGAUGAUAGAAAGAGCACUGCAAGAUGAACAAAGUUUCAUUAUAUAAGAGCUUCUCGAGAAAAUAUUUUAUUUGGUCAUUACAUUGAUCUAUCUAUUUCAGUGCAUUAUGUUGUCGAUCUGAUAUUUUUUUUUAGUGGAAAUUUUUGACUGCAUUGAAUUUUCCGUCAAUGCAUGUUAAUCCACUUUUGUUUCUACAUAUUUCAAGUAAGAAUAAUUUUCCUAUCUUGGUUUUUCUUACAAGGAAGGUAUCCCAGGUCGAUCUCUCCAAUUUGAUUUCUUUUAUAAUAUGUUAUAGUAGACUAAGCGACACGUAUUUUUUUUAUUUGCCAUUAAAGACUUUAAGGGGGUGAAACCACCAUCCAAAGUAAGGCAUGUCAAGGGGCGAUUUGGCAGUUUCACCCACAAAAAUAUAAUAUUCUUUAACCAAUCCAACUGGAAAAGCUCUCAUAACGAGAAAUGAAAAAUAUAAUUUUCUCAAUGAAAAAAAAAUUAAGCCCCCCCCCCCUCACAG